UGAUUUAUGUGUGGUAACAUCAACUUACUUUUAGAAAGUACAGAAAACAGUAACCACUCACUUUGUUUGCUUGGUUUUGUUUGCCUUUUGCAACAUUUUGUCCUGACUCAUUGCUGGAAUCAAAUAUCCUCAGAGUUGUGUAAAAUCAAGUCGGUGAUCAAAACCUGAAGGAAUUUCAGCUGUGCUUUUCAGUGUAAGAUGAACCUGUGGCUGCUUCUUACUCUCACUGCUCUGGCUGAAUAUGCUUACCAAACGAGAGGCACCCACUCGUGCCCAGAUCUGUGCUCUUGCUCCUUUCUACCUUCGAGUGCAGAGGUGGUGUGCAGCCAAAGCUCCCUCACAUAUUUUCCUGCAGAUGGUUUAUAUCCCAACAUCACACGAUUGUCCAUCCAGUCCACAAACCUCAGCUUCAUUACAGCCAGACAUCUGAGUUUUGUGCCUCUUUUAAACCAUCUCCAGCUGUAUCACACUAAUCUUUCGAGCCUUCCUUCAGACCUACUGGGUGCCAUUCCUCACCUGAGUACAUUGGAUCUCACAGGUAAUCAGCUGAUUCAUCUGCCCCCAAAAGUCUUCGUCCAUUCCUUGCUCCGUAGUCUGGUGCUGAAGAAUAAUUUAAUUGAAAAAGCUCAUGGAGAGUGGUUUUCCGACAACAGCAGUCUCACCUGGCUGGAUUUGUCUGGGAACCAUUUAAUGAGCAUUUCAGCUUCUCUGCUUCAGAAGCUGCCUCAUCUGGAAAAUCUCGACCUAAGUCAUAACCAUCUGCAAGAGCUACAGCCCGACACACUAGAAAACCUGCAUCACCUCGAGACACUAAACCUCGCUGGGAACAAAUUGAUUUCCCUGAAGCCUUCAACGUUUAGUCACAACCUGAAACUCUCCCAGCUGUUUCUGCAGGAGAAUCAGCUCCGAGAGCUGCCAGUGACAAUCCUCCAGGGUCUGCAACACCUUGAACUUCUGCUGCUUAAUCAGAAUCGGCUACAGUAUCUCCCCUCAGGUCUGCUGGAUGACAGAAAAUCCUCUUUUCAGAUGACCAUAACAGGGAACCCCUGGCAGUGUGAUGCCAACCUGGAGUAUCUGUGGAAGUGGCUCACUAACCAUCCUCAAAAUGUCUUCUUUCUAGAUGAGGUGGUUUGCGACGGCCCUGAAGCUCUGAAACAUAAACAAGUUGUUUCUUUAACUGACAGUCAGCUUGGUCUUAAAUAACAGAGACUCACAAUUAAUGAUGUGACUGUGAAACAGAUGUUUUGUAUUAACUCUGGCAAAUAAAACAUGUUUUCACAUAUAA